CUUUACCUUAAAAAAAAAAUAUUCAGCAGGGUUUGACACAUCUUGAACAAUAAUUUUUCAAACAACAUUUUGUCCUGUAAUUACACCUAUUAUUACUGUUUUGUAAUAUGACUAUAGUAGCUAAUUAAUUAGUGAUCAUUUACUUUUACUUGGUGAAAGUGGGGUCUUUCUAAACCCUGCAUUGACAAACUAUUUGAUCCAUAUCAAUUGAUAUCACUCGUGGAUGUAUUCAUACAUUUUAUUAUACGUAGGUGUGCUUUUAGCGCUGUGCUAUUAGUCGGAAUCAACAACACAAACACCAGCUGUAGUACACUGGUGUACUAAUAUCUGUCUGUUUGAAGAACAGUGCAACGCAACAAGGAAUUAAACCAGCUCACGUUUCAGUUGUGUGUUUACUCACCAUUUACUAUCAUGGCAGCCAUUUUGCUUCAGUGAUGCAGCACGCCAGGUUUUGACAAGCCAACGUGAAACAGAAAACACACCUUUCUGGUUCUGCUGCAUCUAAUUACAUUUUGUAUGUGUCUGUAGGACAGUCUGUAUGCCGAUACGUGCGGAUACACACUCGAUAUUGUGUUGAUUUUUAACUCGAGUUAAAUUCAAAAUUCACUAGAUUUUCUCAUUGCUCUUUUACCGUAUGCUUUUUCUUUUCUCCAGUCAUCUAUAUUUGUGACAUUUGUUCCAGUUUUAAGACGACGAUCCAGAAAAGGCCGACAUGAUUUAUUUAUUUAGUGUUUCAAGCGAGGGAGGUCUCCCACGCUGGCGUUGUUGUUGUCGUCGGUCCACGUUUGUGUUGGGAGCUCGAGGGUUAAAGCACUUUCCCAGACGGUGAGAUGUUGGACUAGAUGCGUUGCUACACUGCAGGUCAAUGAUUGUCGAAUGGAAAAAGGAGUAGAGAGCGAGAGUACUCCUGGCCCUGCUGUAUCUCCCCCUCCGCUGCCUCCUCCCUCUGGAUUAGAGCAGGUCGCGUCCUGGGAGCAGCGCCCUCCGUCUCACACAUAAAUUAUAACCACGCGGACCGGCCUGCUUGAGACACUACGCCGUCUUUUUUUUCACAGGACUCGCUGCUCUCCAAUGAAAAGCUCCAGGUCUCGUUCCCGCUCUCGCUCUCACUCUCCGUCUUACAGGAACUAUCCUUCCCGGGACUAUCAGAACAACAGAGGAGGCUACAGAGGCUACAACCGAGGCUACCGGAGGCCCUUCCACUUCCGCGCCCGAAACCGAGGCUACUACCCGCGCAGCCACUACCAGAACAGGGGAGGAGGAGGAGGAGGAGGAGACCGCGGCGGCUACGGCUAUAAGUCCAACUGGCAGGGAGACAACCGAGGUGGAGACCGAGGCGGCGACCGUGGUAACGACCGUGGCGGCGACCGCGGUGGAGACCGCAGCGGUGACCGUUGUGGCGACCGUGGUAACGACCGUGGUGGCGACCGCGGUAACGACCGUGGUGGCGACCGCGGUGGAGACCGAGGAGGCGACCGCGGCGGUGGCGGCGGCGGCGGCUGGCACGAUCGCCACCACGACCAGGUGGCGCACAGCCCCCGGAGGGGCCGCUCCCGCUCCCGCACACCCAAGAAGCGCUCGGGCAGCCGGAGCCGCUCCCACUACUCGGACCGCUCGUCCUCGCGGGGAUCCCGGCACUCCAAGCGCUCCAGCUUCUCCUCGCAGUCCCGGUCCUCUUCGCCGCAUCAUCGCAAGAGCAAGCGUGGCUCCAAGGACAGUAAGGACAAGCCGGAAGGUCAGGGAGAGAAGUCCGGCGUGGCGGCAGACGGCAGCGCCAUCGAGAAGGCGUCCGGCGGGAAAUGGAUCGACUACGACGCCAGUCCGAAACGAAUCAGCCCCGACGUUAAAAUAGAGGACGACCCCACGGAUUCAGACGGCAAAGCGGGCGCGAGCGGCGUUCCGAUGUGGAAAACCGUCAGCACCGGGACCCCGCCGGCCAAGAGCCCCACCAAGUCCGGACAAACCGCCUCGUUCAGCGGCUUCGGAUUCUUCUCAAAGGAAGAAGCCAAGUGUGAAGAUAAGACUGUGAUCUCCGCUGCCUUCAAAAAGUUCUUGGCCGAGAACAAAAACAAAAAGCAGGCCGCCGAGAAGGAGAACGGCCGCGACAAAGAGCAGAGCGCCGCGGACAGGGAGCCGGAGAAAGGAAGCAAGUCCGGGGACCUCUUCAACGUCUCGGCCGACUCCAAGGAAGACAAGGCCCAGCCGUUCUUCGACGCCGGCGAAGAGGAGUUCCUCAAGUCCCACGGGCUGAAGGAGAGGGACCUCGACGAGGACGCGGACGCCAAGCCCACGCUUACCGCUCGGGACAUUUUCGGGAAGUGGGGGGACGAGCCGAGCUACUCGACGUCCUACCCGUCGGUCAAAGAGAAGAGCCGCCGGGACGCCGACGAGCCGGAGCCCCUCGAGCACCUGGAGGAGGAGUUCUACCGAGGCCGCAAGCACAAGAAGGAGGAGAAGUCCAAGAAGAAGGAGAAGAAGGAGAAGGAGAAGGCCCGGAGGAGUCCGUCCCCUCCCGCGACCUCCAGAGAGAAGGAGCGGCCGCUGUUCCCCGGAGCGUUCCCUCGCCGCGAGGACUCGCCCGUCCGGCACCCGUCCGCCUCGAGGGACGACUUUGAGCACGCCGGUUCUGUAGAUGAAAUGCCCAGCUCCUCGCUGUCUAAAGAGCGGCUCGCGGCCCGCGAGACGCCGAGCGCCGCUAAGAAAGACCCCGAGUUUCGUUCCAUUUUCCAGCACGUUCAGUCGUCUCAGCUCCGCCGCAGCCCGGCCGAGCUCUUCGCUCAGCACAUAGUCUCAAUCGUGCACUACAUCAAAGCGCAACACUUCCAAUCCUCAGACAUGACUCUCAGUGAGCGGUUUGCCAUGUACCAAAGAAAAGCUGCAGAGGUAGAAAUGAUGAAGCCACGGAAGAGCCCAGAAAUCCACAGGAGAAUCGAUGUUUCCCCCAGUGCUUUUAAGAGGCACUCUCACCUGUUUGAGGAUAUGGAGGAGACCAGCUACAAGGAGCCAAGUAAAAAGUUCAAAGGCGACGUGAUGGACCUUCGCCUGGAUAUUGAAAGGCGUAAGAGGUUCGCCGGGAAGGAGUCCAAGCGCGAGGGAGGCAGGAGCCCCGGAGGCUCUCGGGGAGCCAGCCGAGAGAAGUCCUCUGAGAAAUCUGGGAAACACCACAAGAAGUCCAAGAAGGGUAAGAAGAAGCGGGACCGCUCCCCCUCGUCCUCCUCCUCCUCUUCCUCCCCGUCGCCCUAUCCUCCGCCGUUCAGAGGGAAGGAGUUCAUGGGCGGAGACGGGAUGGAGCACCCGGAGGAGGGCUACGGCCACAUGCGCUACCCCCCGCGCGACUACGGCGGGCCCGGGGACCGGGGCCACCACGAGGGCCACGGCGCCGAGCGCGGCCGCGGCCGAGGAUUUUUCCCCAGAGUGAGAGGGAGAGGGUGGAGCAGGGGAAAUUAUCCAGGCAACAACAACAACAACAACAACAGCAGCAACAACAGCAGCAGCGGGAACAACAACAAUGGAAACCCUGCUAAUGUAAAUCCUGCAGUGCGCCCUCCAGAGGAGGAGUGGGACCCUGAAUACACUCCCAAGAGCAGGAAGUAUUACCUGCACGACGACCGCGACGGCGAGAAGACGUGGGUGGACACCCGCGGGCGAGGCCGCGGCUCCUUCCCGCCGCGCCGCGGCCGCUUCGUCUACCGCAAGGGGGGCAGCAGCCCGAAGUGGACCCACGACAUGUUCCAGGGGGCGCAGGAGGCGGAGCUCGGAGACGACGGCGGCGGCGGCGGCGGCGGCGGUGGCGGCGAUGUAGCGGAGCGCAAAGACGCCAAGAGCCCCGGAGACGCCGCCCAGAAGCACUAGAGCAGCGUGGACGGCGGCGAUGACGACGAUGACGAUGAUGAAGGGGUCGUUCUUCUAUAUUCUCCCCUCCAGGUCGUGGCCGUCAUUUAUAGUCAAACAAAGGAAUGUGUUCAGCGAGUCGGAGCCUCCUCGCGGUUUAGGAGAACGGACGAGACGCACGGCGCCGCGUCUGGAGGUCGGCUUUGCGUCAUUAGAAGUUAACGUGACUUUAUUUAGGAGAACAACCCUGAGGCAACACAGAUGAAUAACACUCUUUAAAACAUGACAACAAAAGAAAUGCAUUUGUGCCUUAGAAGCGCCGUAGAUGAUAAUAAGACGCCAGACGGCUCCGCCUCCGCGUUCCUUCGUUCUUUGUGUUUUCGGGGGCGUGAUAAAUCUUUCGAUGUUACUGCAUGAAGCGUUCGAUUCACGCCGCGCUCCUCUGGGACCAAUCGGUAGCGAGCUCAGGGCUCGCCAUCGGCAAAUUAUCGGACGGGAAAACAAAUCUUACGAUGCCCCCCCCCAAAUGAUGGAUGUUCGUCACUUAUAUUAGCCAAGCUUUUUCAUGUAGUGCCACUUCACAUGUAUUUCUCAUUAGGAAGUGAUGACAUUUUUAUGUGUGUUCAGUAUAUUCUCAUUGAUUGUUGGUGUUUUCAGUUUAAAAGAAGUGUCAGUUGUUCAGAAUUUGGCCCCAAAAUUCCCCAAAUUCAACUCCGGUGAGGCGCAAAAGCUUUUUUGUUUUGAUUUUUUAAAAAUAAAAGAUAGAAUGGAGAGAGAGAGAGAACAAAAUAGUUAUUACAAUACGUGUAUAGAACUGUAAGGCCUAAACUGUCGUAAUCUCAACUCCUGUGGGAAGGGAAAACAUACAAAACUGAAUAUGAUUAAUUUUUUUAAACAGACGACCGUUGCAGUGAAAAAUAAACAUCCGUUUAAACUGUCAAGAGAAACUAAACGUGAGCACAGUGACGCAACAGUCGGUUGAAGUGUGUUUUUAGGGAGAUGGAGGCGACCCGGCGUCUCCCGCUCUUGACCGCAUGUACUAAACCUGUAGGACCCAUUUGUUUCUGUUUAAUCUGAAGCUGAAUACUUUUGUACUGUUCUCAAGAGCUUUGGAGUUCUUUGUCUUUUAAUUUUCAAUAAAUGUUUCUUUGAUUCAGGGCAA